CGACUAGGCCUAUAAGUAUCCCGCCCUGAUCGCCUCAUCAUUCCCACACACGUACAACGCUCUCGAUCGCCCCUCUCCUCAAGCGGCUAGCGUGCAUCAUGGCGCGCUUCCUCGUCCUCGCCUUCCUCGCAGCCAGCUUAGUCGCGGCUGGAUGGCCGCUGGGCCAGGCGGCGCCGGCGAAGUCGACGGCCGAGGUGUUCUGGCGCGCCGCGCUGCCGGACUCGCCCUUGCCGGACGCCAUCCUUCGCCUCCUCCGCCCUGCACCUGCUGCUGAGAGCGGCUUCGUGAGCAGAGGAGCCGAGGACGAGGAGGCGACCAACAAGCCCCCCUUCAACUACCAAGACUACAAGCGCCCCUCCGGCAAUGGCGCCGCCUCCCUCGCAGGCGACUCGCCGUUCGGCUACAAGUACCAAGCGUUAUCGUCGUCGGGCAAACGCGCUGCCGCUGUCGGAGCAGCGCGGGAUUUCGACUACGACGACUACAGCGCCUCGGAGGAGGAGAAACGCGCCGGGACCGGCAAGCAAAUGGCGCCUUCCGGGUACGACUACAAGAAGGCAGCCGGAGAGCGCCGCCGCAGGGCCGCCGCUCCGCCGCCGUCGCCGUUCAUGUACGCCUACAAAACGACGAGUGCCACCGCCGGCAAUGGCAAGCCUAAGCCGCCUAAGCCCGCGCCCUCGCCCUUCAUGUACGCCUACGUCAAGAAGAAGGCGUCAACCGCGACGGGUGCCAACGGCAAGACGACGACGGUGUUCUUCCACGAGGAGGCGGUGCGCGUCGGCGAGAGGCUCCGCUUCCACUUCCCGCCGGCUUCCCCGGCCCCACUCGGCCUCCUCCCGCGCCACGUGGCCGACUCCAUCCCCUUCAGUCCCGGCUCCCUCCCGGCUGCCCUGGCCACGCUCGGCGUCGCCCCGGACUCCGCCAUGGCACGCCGCAUGGAAGCGACCCUCAGCACCUGCGACGACGAAGCCUCGCCCGCCAUCACGGGCGAGUCCAAGUUCUGCGCGGCUUCCCUGGAAGCCCUUGUGGAAGGCGCCAUGGCGUCGCUGGGCACCAGAGACAUCAGGCCGCUCACGUCCCGGGUGCCGCGGGCCGGCGCGCCGGCCCAGACGUACGCGGUCCGGGCCGUGCGGGCCGUGGAGGGCGGGCCGGUCUUCGUGGCCUGCCACGACGAGCCCUACCCGUACGCCGUGUACCGGUGCCACACCACGGGUCCGGCCAGGGCCUACGUCGUCGACAUGGACGGCGAGGACGGCGGGGACAAGGUGACGCUGGCCGCCGUGUGCCACACCGACACGUCGCUGUGGAACCCGGACCACGUGUCCUUCCAGCUCCUCGCCACCAAGCCCGGCGGCGCGCCCGUGUGCCACCUCAUGCCCUACGGCCACGUGCUCUGGGGCAAGGACGUCAAGCGCUCGCCGGCGUGAGGGUCCCCCGGCCGGCCGGCUUUCUCUGCAUUUCUCGCCCUGAAUUUGUGUUCGAAUCGGUGUAGUACGUACGUAGUGAUCUGCCUACGCUAUGUUAUCUUUCAUGUCAGUCUCUCUAUCGCCUGCUCUACUGCUGCACUGUAUCCCGACGCUAGUUGAUCACAUGAGCAGCGUUUGUAAUAAAAGAACAGCUUCUGCAGAGUUGUGUUAGUUUAUAUACACUGGCAAUUCGUAUUCAA